AAGUCGCAGUGCUACUUUUGAUGUUGCCUUGUGGUUUAAUCGUUUAUGCAUUUUGGCGCUUAUCUAAACCAAUCUAUUUAGGGAAAACUACUAAUAUUCUAACCAAUUUAGUAACUCAUAUAAAGGAUAUUGUGUUUAACGUACCAGCACUGUCAAAAGUAUCAACGUAUUUUCACAAAAAUGGAUGACUGUGACUGUGAUUGUGGUGAUUGCGAUUGUGGUGAUUGCGACUGUGGUGAUUGCGAUUGUGAUUGUGGCGACUGUAGUUGUUGCGACUGUGACGACGGAUGCUGCGAUUGUGAUUUGGAUUGCUGGACUAUUUGCUGCAGACCAUUUGGCAUUCUCAUGGAAACGUUUUAUUGGUGGAACGUUGAUUCUCCCACGAACGAUUCGUGUUGUGGAAAUUGCUGCUCUAGAAGAAAAAAGAAGCAAACGCCAAUCGACGAGGAUAUUGAGGAGGUGAUAACCAGCCAACCAUUAACCAAAACUCCAGAAAGUGUAAAUGUAUAAAGUUUGAUCAGAUUCUAGGCUACAAGGAUCGAAGGACCUAAAUAAAUGGAGAUGGAUAGACUUGAAUAUAAUAUUUUUUCACAUAAAGUAAAGUCUAAAAUGCUUUAUAUAGAUAUAUAUUUUUUUAAACAAUUUACAUGUCUGUACAAGAUUAUAAAUUAGUUUUUGCGCUUAAUAAUCGCUUUUAAGUAUAUCGUAUCAUAUAUUGACAAUUUAUUUGUAAGUUGGCCCUUUAGUUUAAAAAAUAAUUUAUUGCUGACAAAUAUACCCAUAGAAUGUCUCUAUUUAAGGUUCUUAUUAUUUAAUUAAUUGAUUUUUAUAACUCUUAUAGUAACUCCAUAUAGAAUUUUAGUAUAACAUUAAUUAAAACAAAGGUCAACUUUAAAUCAUUAUUUUUUAAAAGGUGUCUUUGCCUUUUUAAAUUAUAUGGACGUGGUGCCUUUAUUUAUUAUAUUUAAUAUAAAAUUAA